GGCGCAACAUGAAGUCGAACGCACCUCGAACGUAACAUCACUACUUCCGGUUGCCUAUCAACAACACGAAACAUGGCUGAAACACACGAGUGCAGUUCCAAGUCGGAGAGCUGGAAGGUACUGCGUUCUCAAUGUCUGGAGUCAGAGAUCAAACCAAGUCCGGAGCUUUCACCGUCUCCCCAUAGCCCUGCCACGGAAACUCCCAUCGCUGCCACUGACUGGUGCGACGGCGCUGACGAAUGGGGAAUGGAAGAUGAAGAAGAAUCGGCAUGUUUAAGUGACACAACCCAAACCCAGUUGAAGACUACGGAGGCAAACCUGCAGCCAGUGAUGCCCACCACCGAGCUGGAUGUGAGUGGCAGACUUCGGGACCUCUGUCUUGGUGAGAGGGAGGCGAUUCAGCUGGAUAUCCCCACCUUCAGUCCAUUCUAUGUCAGCGUAGUGGAGGAGACGGACCUGGUGGCCUCCACCGACCUACAUCACGCUCAGAAACUGUUAAAAGAAUAUGAGCGAAGAGAAGGUGUAGCUGUCGCCGAGCUGGGCUCCAGUGACGGAGGCGGAGAUGAAAAGUACGAGAAGGUCCGGGCCAGACAUGGAGAUGCGGUCUUCUCCAGAUUCAUGAAGAAGAUCUCCAUGUGUCCUGAGCAGAUCUUGCGGUACUGCUGGAACGGGUCGCCUCUUUAUAUCUCAGAACCUCCUUCGAACAUGGCAGAGAUGGUGCCGGAGUGCGCUCGCUGUGGCAGCUCCAGGACCUUUGAGCUACAGCUGAUGCCUGCGUUGGUCAGUUUACUGCGGAGUAAAGACUGUAGGUCGGAGAUGGCGGUGGAGUUUGGGACAGUACUGGUGUACACCUGUAGGAAUAGCUGUUGGACAUUGGGCUCAACCUCACCUGUAGAAGAGCUUAUACUCAUCCAACAGGACCCAGACCAAAAACUCUUUAAAUGAUUACUCGAUUACAUUGUAUAGCAAUGGAAUGUUACUGUUUGUGACAAUUCAAAAUUGAAUGUCAGUGUUAACUUUACAAAUAAAGGAUGUAUU